GACUGUACUAAUUCGACAGAGAAUAAAUAUCUUAACACCUGAACAGCAGAACGUCGCUUAACAUAUUCGGGACAUCUCCUUAUUCACCGUUAAUCAUUCCACAAACAACCAAAGAGUAAAGUGAUUCGGACGCACGCCGGUCCGCUCCGGAAUCCGUCUCACAUUUUUCAUCCACCAGCUCCAUGUUUUGACUACCACCACCAACAGCAACAGAGCGAACCUUCCCAACACAUAGCCGUUGCGCUCGCAAUCCCCUCUGUGUUUUUUUAAUCAAAAUGGCUGAUUUUGGGGAUGAUACCGGAGCGAGAGCUCUGCUGGCCCUCAAAUCCGCUCCUUGUAGCCCGGUGGGUAUUUCUAUCCCGACCGUGUACACUUUUUCCUCCUCGACUUCGCCCGGGAUCGCAUCAUCCAUGUCCUUCUCCCCCCCGUCGCAGGCCUUGGCUCGGCUGGAAGGCAGGGACUUCGAGUUCGUUAUGCGCCAGAGGACGGUGACCGUGGGACGGAAUUCCUCGCACGGCUCCGUGGAUGUCAACAUGGGCCACUCGAGUUUCAUAUCCAGAAGACAUCUGCAGAUCACUUUCGAGGACCCGCAUUUCUACUUGCGCUGUCUCGGCAAGAACGGCGUGUUUGUCGAUGGCGUUUUUCAAAGAAGAGGCGCACCUCUACUUCUCUUACCGAGGGAGUGUACAUUUCGAUUUCCCAGCACGGUGAUCAAGAUUCAGUUUACAGCGCUCUACCACAAGGACACACAGAAAGAAGACGCUCCCGUGUCGCCCGUGAGACCCCUUUACCCACAAAUCUCUCCGCUGAAAAUCAGCAUUCCUGAAAACGAUUACAGAAGUAUGAUGAGUCCGCUGCCUUCACCCACAGGAACUAUCAGUGUUCCCAAUUCCUGCCCAGUGAGCCCUCGUGGAGCAGGUUCUUCAGGAUACCGAUACGGACGUAACAUCACGUCAGACCUCCAGCUUGCCGCUGAAUUUGCAGCCAAAGCUGUAUCAGAACAGCGCACUGAAGCCACAGGAGGAGACAGUCCUAAAGAUGAGUCCAAACCUCCAUAUUCGUACGCUCAGCUGAUAGUUCAGGCCAUCUCGUCUGCUCCAGACAGACAGCUAACACUAAGUGGCAUAUACGCUCACAUCACCAAGCAUUAUCCGUACUACAGGACGGCCGACAAGGGCUGGCAGAACUCCAUCAGACACAACCUGUCACUGAACCGCUACUUUAUCAAAGUGCCGCGCUCGCAGGAAGAGCCGGGGAAAGGGUCCUUCUGGCGCGUAGACCCCUCAUCGGAGGGCAAGUUGGUGGAGCAGGCUUUCCGGAAGCGCAGACAGCGUGGAGUGUCCUGUUUCCGCACACCCUUUGGCCCACUCUCGUCCAGGAGUGCUCCUGCAUCUCCCACCCACUCCGGCCUCCUCUCUCCACACUCAAGUGGCCUCCAGACCCCCGAGUGUCUUUCUCGGGAGGGGUCCCCGGUGUCUCACGAGCACGACUUUGGUUCCAAGCUCGCUUCUGUGCCUGAGUACAGAUACUCGCAGAGUGCGCCUGGCUCUCCAGUGAGCGCUCAGCCUGUGAUCAUGGCUGUACCUCCUCAGCCCUCAGCUGUGGUACCCAAGCAAGUCACUUACAUGCCAGCCUCCAUCAUUAGCACCUCUCAGACAUCUGGCCAGGCCAUCCAUGUGGUACAGCAGGCACCGGCUGUCACCAUGGUGCGUGUAGUGACCACCUCUACCAGCUCCCCAAAUGGAUACAUCUUGGCUAACACCAUCUCCUCAGGAGAAGGAUGUAGAGAUCAAAGGGGUGCAAUGGAUGAGAUACCUGUGAUUGGCAGUCGGGUUAUUCAGACUGUUGGCAGUCACAUAAGUUCAGUCAGUAGGGGACAGCAGAGCUACGCCGUUGUCCAGCCGAGCGCUGUGCACCAGCUUCCUGUCCAGAUGAUUGCUCAGAAUGGCAAACAUGCUCUUCCUGUCACCAGCGUAUCAUCCAACGCUUACGCUUUCACCAGUCCGCUUCAGAUCUUGGCAGCCCAGGCCUCAACAUCUCCGCCCGUGCUGGUCAACAGGCCCUCCAACGUGGAGUUAGAGAACGUGCCCGAGCCCAAACGGCCAAAAAUGGAGGAGGACGCCAUCACUCCAGUCCCCCAGCCUGUUAUUGUUGCAAUGAACCAAGAGGCCAGCGAAUGAACGAGUGAGUGGGUGGGUUGAUGACGGAUCUUCAACGCACGUCUUCAAAGCAUCGUUUGCCCGACGUGCCGACAUAUUGAGGGGAAAGUGUUUUGUUUUCUUUAAAACAAGAACUUAAAUGUGUUGAGAACGACAAGCCCGAGACGGGUAACUGAUCGAAUGCGCUUGUAAGAAGAGCUUAAACAUUGUGUUUCAUGGGGGUUAAAUUCAUCGAGCUAUUUUUGGCAUUAUUAAAAUUCAAUGCUCACACCGUUUUAAUUUUGUAGGCGUUUUUAAUCUUGUAAGAAUGUUUCUCAAAGGUAUGAAGAGAGGUGCGUGUGCUGAAAGACACCAGCCAAGCUUGUGCGCCCAAGUAGUUCCUCACACGGUACAAAGAGUUGUUAUUUUCGGGUUGGGGUGGGACCAAUACCUAUGCAGCUAUCACAGUCUCAUGGAAAUACAGCAGGUUGACAGGAAGCUGUGCGUUAUAACGGUUAUCUGUGCUGCCUUUUGUGAGGAUGUAAUGAUCGAAAGACUUGCCGUCUGUCAAAAUAAAAAUGUUACAACUGAAAGCACAUCAACCAACCGGCAAAAAUGAAAUAGUUAUAGAGGCCUUUCUAGCUGGAGUUCUUUAACCUACAAUAUCAUAGUAUACGCUCUAUUUUUCUGUGGAGGACUCUUACCUUGCUUGUUUAUCACAAAGAGAAAUGUCUAAUUUCGAAAUUGGCCUAUGUUUAGCUCAAAAUUAAAAUGAACUUAAUGAAUGUAAGUAACGUUUGUUUAUUUGUUAUGGUUUAUGGCAGCCAUUUUUCACCUAAACAAUAUAUUAAAACAUUUGAAUGUGUUUGUGGAUAAAUUGUUGCUGUUAUAUGUGACAUAACUGUAAGUUUGAAGUUAAGCGUAUUUAAUGUAGCUCAGUUGUUUCUGUUCAUCCCCAUUAGCACUUGGUCGAAAUGAUGCUCGGUAGAUUUCUUACACAACGUCAACCAAAUGCUUUUCCAUUUCCAAGACCCAGGAAUGUAACUGUUAAUAUAGAUUGUGAGAGAUGCUGUUUCUUUACUGACUUUUUGUGAUCUUUGAAUGAUCACAGGGGCCGCUAAAUGAAUGUUCGGUAUUUUUUCAGUUCAGUUUAAGACAUUGUUUAUUCUUUAGGAAGCUUAGUAAAAUACACAAAAUCAGGCUUUACCUUUCUAAUUUUACUAAGAGAAGAGUAGAUAUAUAUAUUGUUAGAGUUGUUCAUAGUGUUUAAGACAAUCACUAAUCUGACUGCUUUAUAUGUUGCAAAUGUGCACCACAAUUGUGAACAAGUAUGCUAGAGUACUCAAGCUAAAUGCUACAGAUAUCAUAUUUGUAUGCUGAUGUAGUUGUGCAGUGUUCCUUUUGUGGUAGAAAUGGAAAGCAUACCUUAACAGACCAAAUACAUUUCCUCAAUAUUAGUGCCUUAGUGCGCUGUUGCUUUUAGGACUCAAAAAGUCAGUGUGAUGUACUACUUAACGACGCAGCAUCCAUCAUGCAGACAAAUAAGGUUAUCUUCAGGAUUAAAUAACUGUCAUAUUGUAGAGAAAAAACAGCAUCCUGACUGCUUUAAAAAUACACAGCUGUGUAACUGGAAGAACAGAUGAGGCUGACAACUAAUGUUGUGACAGGAAGUGACUGAGCAAUACAACAAAGUAGACAGGAAAUCAGACCUUGCUAGUUUUGCUUUGUUCUUUGACCAAUAAUGCAUAGCACACAGUUGCACCUCAACUGAGUACAUUUGAGUAAAAGGUUUAGUAACUGUAAACUUAUUCAGUUAAAACUGCUCAAAUCACAAAAAGCACAUUUAUCAGUUAACACUUGGUAAAAAUACCUCUUGCUGUUUAAAUAAAAAAGCAUUAAACGUUUUUGAGCAUUUGAAGAACACUUGGCAAACCUACAACCUGUAGUGGGUUAUAUACAUUCAACAAUAUUCUGUCAUCAGUGCAGAAUAGAUCUCUCAAGGCCAUUCUGAGAUUUCUCCUAAUCCAUUUGAUAUAAUGUUGGGUUCAGUAAACAAAUACUAUUGUAAUACAAAUACUACCACUAUUCCAUUUUAUGUAUAAUUUUUGUUCAAACCUUGAUAAUACUAGUAUGAACUGGCCUGGCAAAUGAAAUAAAUGCAGUUGCAGAUGUUUAUUUCUCUCUGCAAAUGGAACACUUUAGUAGUGAUUCCAAAUGCUUUUUAAAAUAGCUUAUCGUUAAAAACGAAGAAAAAAUAUUCUGUUGUUAUCUUGCAUUUUACAGCACACUUAACUUACGAGUACCCGUCACUCCCUAAAUGUUUUUCAUACAUUUUUAACAAUCUGCCACAGUGUCUGUAUGCAUAUGUAACCAUGGAGUAUUUUUUACAAAGAUAUGCAGAUUUUCUUGUUUGUGCUUGUCUUGUUUGUUGCAUAUUAGUAUAUGCAAAUGUUUGUACACUAAACAUUUCUAAUUUAAAAUGAACUGAUUUUCCUUCUUUUGAAAUGAGGUAUUUUGUGUUGGACAAAAUCUGUUUUCACUGUACACAAAACACCUCCACUACUGUGCAUCAAAGUUCUCUUGUGCUCAUGCAAUACAUCUGUCUUUUAUUGUGUAUUGAACUACAAAGUGUAUGAGGGCUUUUCUUCUGUCAGUGCAGUUUAUUUGAUUGUCUACCUGGAAAGAAUAAAAAUACUUUAUUGGC